UAAAAAAAAUAAAAAAGUCAAACAAUAAACAGUUGAAAUUUAAAUUGUUUAAGAUCGUGAUAGCUUUUAUAUUUUAUUAGUUUUGUAAAUAUUUUCGCCGUUUGGAUGGCAUUCGGUAUUUGAUAUGUUUGCGUAAUUUCAAAUAAUAACAUCAUUUCACAUAUUGUGUCAUGGAAGUAGACGGAGUUGAAAAUUGGAACAGUGGGACUGGGAAUGCGGCGGAUGCUGCUAAGUUUGCCAAUUUAAAAGCUUUUGUGAAUGCUGCUCGUGAAUUCGAGGCAACUCAUAGUGAAAAUGCUAUAAAUUUAAUGACUCGGUACUUAGGUCUAAUAACGUCGUCGUGUGAUCUGUCGAUAUUUUCACCUGGGCGUUCAGAAGUGUGUGCAUUUUUCAGUUCUCUAUGGAGAGUAAUGAGCGAUGGACGAGGGCCGCACUGGGCCGGGGUAGCGGUGCUAGCGCGCGCCGCCAUAGAGCCGAGUGCGAAGCACGCCCUCACACACACUUAUAAGUUUAUGCCAAUUCUUGCUCGCCUACUAUGUAAUGUUAUAUCAAAUGACAAGAAAAUUAAGCUUUUAUCAGUUAUGCAGGACAUCUCCUAUGGUAUCAAAAUCAGUUGGCAGGAAUCAUAUUUAUCAGGACUUAUGAAACAAUUGACUGACUGGAUCCUACAGCCUAUGACGGAACCACAGCAUCGUGCAAUCGGACACAAAUCCUUGACUGUCCUUGUAAAUGUGUGUUACUCAAAUCUACCAGCUAUAUAUGCGUUAAUGAGGACUGUUGAUACUAAGGAGUUCGUUGUACACCUAAUUAAUUUAAAGGAUGGUGGUUAUGGUGGUGUGGAGGUGUGCAGACUGCUACUGUGCCUGUCGGGUGCCACACGAGGAGCUGCAUCAACACGCCAGGCGGACGUACACAGCUAUCUAUGCUGCACCAUGCGAACAUUUCGCAAUGCCAUCAUUGAAAGAGAUGCAACACAGUUAUUGCACGCCUACACAUUUAUAAAUGACCUCUGCUCGGACCCCAAUCUACGGAAUUAUGUCUCUACCUACCCAAAUUUCAAUGGACCAUUACAGGAUGCUAUAAAGGACACAGAGGGCUUGUGCGUGACAGCAGCUGACGACACAGCAGAGCCGGAGUCUGCAGUCACCUGUCUGCAGAAUAUACUAAAGUUCCUUACUGUCCUCGUUAGCUUGGAGUUGUACUCAGUGCGGGCGCAGCACGGCGCGCUGGCUGCGCUGUGCAUGAAGGCCAGCCGACUCUGUUUGCCGCACGCAUUGGAACUGUUUGCCGCUAUAGUAACGCAAUACAGAGACGAGGGCCGGUUGCCGCCGAGCCUGCUGGCAGUGAUGAACCAGGGUCUGCCGGCGCUGCUCGUGCCGCCCGCGCUCGAGCCCGGCAAGGUCGGCCUGCAGUGGCUGGUGGUGGUGGGCGCGCUGUGCGAGUCCUGUGAGACGCAGCAGAGCGUGCUGAAGGAGGUGACACCGGACAGCUUCGAGGACACACUGUACAGCGUGCUGCAUCACACCGCACAGAGCGGUGUGGUGGGCGCGGAGGGAGGUCAGCAGGCGGUGGUGGUGUCGUGCCGCACCGCGCUCUCGCUGGCGCCGCUCGACCCGCGCUGGGAGGCCGCGCUCUGCAGGCUGCUGGCACACCACCAGGUACGCAAGUUGCUGUGCGCAGGUCUGACCAGCGGCAACACACAGCGACGUAAGCAAGUGCUCCAGCUGGUAAAGCAUCACUACUUUCCUGUUGAUCAGAUGAACCAGGUGUUCGGGGAGGGCGCGGCGAGCUUGUCGUGUAUGUCUGAGGGCGUGUCGUGCGUGACGGAGGGCGUGACGUGUGUGUCAGUGGGCGGGGCGCGCGAGGAGGGCGAGGCGGCGUGGGCACAGCGACUGUCGCCUGCACAGGAGCAUGCCAUUGAUGCACUCGUUGAUAAACUUAAUGACGCGCUACGGAACGACAAGAUAUCAGACAUAGCGACAUCCAGCGUGAUGGAACUGUACGGAUACAAAAUGUCGUGUUUGGAGCAGCGGCUGCACUCGCACACGGUCGCGCUGCAGGGCGCGACGGAGCACAUGGCGUCGCUGCAGCACGCGCUGGCGCUGCUGCAGGCCACCAACUCCUCGCAGCAGGACGUCCUCUACACCACGCAGAUGCAGAAUGAAAAACACAAGAAGACAAUAGAAGAGAUGCACAAGCAGCUGGAGGACGCGGAGAGCACGCUGCGCGGGUUCAGAGCCAAGCUCGCCGCCGAGCGCCUCGACAAGGAGCACGUCAAGGACAACAUCAAGAAGGAGUGCAACGCGCAGCUCGCUAACAUGGAAGCGGAGACGCGGCGGCGGGAGAAGGAGGCGGAGGAUCGUCUGCAGCAGGCGGACACUGAGUACAAGGCGCUGCAGAAGAAACUCGAACAACAGUGUCACAAGAACAGCGAGCUGGCGAAUGUUCUGUCCAAGUUCGAGGAGCGCGUGCGACAACGCGAGCGCCGGCUGGAGGAGGCUGCUGCUGCUGAGGCCGCACUGCGCAAGGAUCUUGACCACAGGGAUGCUGUGAUAAAGCAGCUGGAGAAGAGCGUGGUGGAGCGCGAGGCGCGGCUGGGGCAGGUGACGGCGCAGCUGGAGGAGAUGCGCCGCGUCCAGGAGAUGGUCGCCAAGCUGAUGGCCAAGACCGCGCACACCAGCAACACGUCCGCGUAGCAUCUGCACGUAACAUAUUGUCUGUGCGAGAAGAGAGUGAUGUAGAGUUGUGUGCGCGCUGCAAACAUUUUUGUAGAUCUUUUUUUCAUAUUGCUCGUAUGAAUGAAAUGAUAAUUAUGUCAAUUAUUAAAAAAAUGUCAAAUUAUUGUAUACAAAAUGAUAUUAAGAAUAAUAAAUCACGAUUGUUAUGUAA